UAUUAAGACAUUUAAAUAGGACUGCACCAUUGUUAAUGUUAUUAGUGACACCUGUGUCAACCAUUUUGCCUGAUGACAAAAUGGUUGAAAACACCUGUGCAGGUAGGAUGUAUGUGUGUGUGCUUUGAGAUAAAACAGCUCUGUUGUUUUCUUGUUUGCUCAUUGCCCCAUACUCUCAUAUUAUUUUACACAGGCCAGUGUGCUUGUGUUUUGUAAGGGAUAGUGACUACAGGCCUGUAAGUGCAUCCGUCUGAGAUAUUAUUAGGUUAGAGUCCUACAGUUUAGCCUGGCUGACCAGGCCUGGUUGGGUUCCUUUGAUCGGUGCCAGUAAAUCUGCUCGUCAUGCUGACAGUGAAGGAUCUGCGGCCUCGUGACAUCUGAGUAAAAUUUAACAUAAAACAACUGAACCAUGUGUUUGCAUUGAGCAGGAUACAGACAUAAGAAGAGUCUGUUGUCAGUCAAGUGAACUCGGAGUCAACUCUUCAAACCUGUGAGGUGUAUCCUGAACAAACUGAGGUGCCAGCACGUUCAGGUUGCCUCUUUACACAACAUUUGACCACUUUUGCAUCUUCUGAACCUCUUUAAAAUGGAGGACGGCUACCAAAACCGGACUGCCUUCAUAAAAGGUGCCAAAGACAUUGCCAAAGAAGUCAAGAGGCAAGCUGUUAAGAAGGUUGGUCGUUCAGUUGAUCGGGUUAGCGAUGAGUACAGCAAACGCUCCUACAGUCGUUUCGAAGAGGAUGAUGAUGAUGACUACCCAAUGCAGGGAAGCCAGGAUGGAGGCUACUACCGUGGAGACAGCCAGGCGGCCAAUGAUGAUGAGGGCGGCCACAGUGACUCCACAGAAGGUCAUGAUGAGGAUGAUGAGAUCUAUGAAGGCGAGUACCAAGGAAUCCCCAGGGCUGAUUCAGGCAAAGGUAGCCUGGCUGGAGGGCCUGGGUCUAUGGGGGCCGGCGCUCAGCAGUUCAGAGAUAUCGGGGUGUCCGAAGCACAGAGGAGGAAGGACCAGGAGGAGCUGGCUCAACAGUACGAGACCAUUUUACAAGAAUGUGGUCAUGGGAAGUUCCAGUGGACCCUGUACUUUGUGCUGGGGCUGGCUCUCAUGGCAGAUGGUGUUGAGAUCUUUGUGGUCGGGUUUGUCCUCCCCAGCGCUGAGAAGGAUAUGUGCCUGUCUGAACCUAACAAAAGCAUGCUAGGUCUGAUUGUAUAUUUUGGAAUGAUGGUUGGGGCUUUCCUCUGGGGGGCUCUGGCUGACCGGAUAGGCCGUCGUCAGUCUCUUCUCAUCUCUCUCUCCAUCAACAGUAUUUUCUCCUUCUUCUCCUCCUUCGUCCAGGGCUACAGCACCUUUCUGUUUUGCCGGCUCCUGUCAGGUGUUGGGAUCGGUGGCUCAAUUCCCAUCGUGUUUUCCUACUAUUCUGAGUUUCUGGCCCAAGAAAAGCGUGGUGAACACCUCAGCUGGCUCUGCAUGUUCUGGAUGAUUGGGGGAAUAUACGCGUCUGCUAUGGCCUGGGCUAUUAUCCCACAUUAUGGAUGGAGUUUCCAGAUGGGCUCGGCGUAUCAGUUCCAUAGCUGGCGUGUGUUUGUGUUAGUGUGUGCAUUUCCUUCUGUUGCAGCCAUCGCUGCCCUCAGCGCCAUGCCAGAGAGCCCACGCUUUUACUUGGAGAACGGCAAACAUGACGAAGGCUGGAUGAUUCUGAAGCAAGUUCACGACACAAACAUGCGAGCGAAGGGAUACCCAGAGAGGGUGUUUUCUGUCACCACAAUCAAGACGGUGAAACAGAUGGAUGAGUUGGUGGAAAUUGGCACAGACACUCCAGUCUGGCAACGCUACAGAAUGAAGAUUAUGAGCCUCUCCCAACAGAUACGGAAUAACAUUCUCGCCUGCUUCAGCCCCGAAUAUAAACGGACAACUUUCAUGCUCAUGGCCGUUUGGUUUACCAUGUCUUUCAGCUACUACGGCCUGACGGUGUGGUUCCCCGACAUGAUCAAGUACAUCCAAAAGCAGGAAUACGAAGCAAAGACAAAGACCUUCACCAAGGAACGAGUGGAGCAUGUCACCUUUAACUUCACCCUGGAAAAUCAAGUGCACCGCCAAGGACACUACUUCAACGACAAGUUCCUCAACCUCAAGUUGAAAUCCAUGGUGUUUGAAGACUCUGUGUUUGAGGAAUGCUACUUUGAGGACAUCACCUCCACACACACCUUCUUUAGAAACUGCACCUUCAUUGCAACUUUGUUCUAUAACACAGAUUUGUUCAAAUACAGGUUGGUCAACAGUAAACUAAUCAACAGCACAUUUCUCCACAACAAGGAGGGCUGCAUGCUCGACUUCAGCGAUGACUUCAACAAUGCCUACAUGAUAUACUUUGUCAACUUCCUUGGCACAUUGGCAGUGUUGCCUGGCAACAUUGUGUCGGCUCUAUUAAUGGACAAAAUUGGCCGUUUAAGGAUGCUGGCGGGAUCCAGUGUCAUAUCUUGUGUCAGCUGUUUCUUCCUGAUGUUCGGCAACAGUGAGUCGGGAAUGAUCGCCCUCUUGUGUCUGUUUGGUGGCAUCAGCAUUGCCUCGUGGAACGCCCUGGAUGUGAUAACAGUGGAGCUCUACCCCUCUGAUAAAAGGACCACAGCAUUCGGCUUCCUGAACGCUCUCUGUAAGCUGGCGGCUGUCCUGGGCAUCAGCAUCUUCCAGUCAUUCGUCGGCAUCACCAAGGCUGUGCCCAUCUUAUUUGCUGCCGGCGCGCUCGCUGCAGGUAGUUUCCUUGCAACAAAGUUGCCUGAAACACGAGGCCAAGUGUUGCAGUAAAGGAGAAUGACCAGCAGUGGGCAACAGAGUACAGCUGGAGUGUGUGUUUGACAACUAGAGCCCAAACAUCCCUGAGAGCUUCAGCGCUGCCCAUCAUGCACCACCAGAGCAGACUGCCAUUCCCCAUUGUAAGCCCAGAAUCCUUUGAAAUAUGGUUUGCAUCUUUCGAAGUCUAAACAGACCUACAGAGAUUAACAGAAGAGCUCACAGACUUAGACAUAAAUACCUGUAUCAAACACAACUACAUCCUUAAACACUUUAUUUCAACUACACUGUCAUAAAUACAU